AUGGAAAAGUUCUACAAAGAAAAGGAAGGAAAGCCAGAAAACAAAGGAAACCUAGAGAAUGAGGAAAAUCCUGAAGAUGAAGGAAGUACAGAAGACGAAGGAAAUGCAGAUGAGGAAAAGCUGAACUUGGAGAAGGGCGAAGGCCAGGGCCAGCUGGCGGAGGCGCGCGGGCCGGGCGCGGAGGGGCGAGCAGCCGAGGCGGCCAAGCCCCCCGCCGAGGGUCCGCCCGCAGCCCCCGCGCCGCCUGAGAGCGAGCCGCGCGCCGCCGAGAAGCGCCCGGCCGAAGACUACGUGCCCCGGAAAGCCAAAAGGAAAACGGACCGGGGCACGGACGACUCCCCCCGGGACUCGCAGGAGGACUUCCAGGACCGGCACCUGGGCAGCGAGGAGACGCUGCGGGAGUGCGCCGACGCGGCCAGGGCUCAGGAGGAGCUGAGGAAGAAGCAGAAGACGGGCGGUUUCCACUGGAUGCAGAGAGAGGCUCAGGAUCCGUUCGCCCCUCGGGGCCAGCGGGGCGUCAGGGGGGUCCGGGGCGGCGGGAGGGGCCAGAAGGACUUAGAAGAUGUUCCCUAUGUUUAA